AUGUGGAUCGAGACGACUUUGGCACCAGAGCCCGUGACCUUUGCAGAGGUGGCCGUGUGUUUCAGCAGGGAGGAGUGGGCGCUGCUGGACCCUGCGCAGCGAGUGCUGUACUGGGAUGUGAUGCUGGAGACGUACGCGUGCGUGGCCUCGCUGGCAUCUAAACCUGUGGUGAUCUCCCUGGUUGAAGGAGGGGAAGAUCCCUGGGUCCCAGAUGUACGCAGCCUGAAGGACAUGGCGGGAGACGUGCGCCCAGGUGAUGGGAUCGCAAAUUUAAAGGAGAAUCUGCAGGAGAGUGGGGUACCUGGAAGCCCGCGGGGUGAUCUCUGUCCUGGAAAAGCCAGAAGGGAAUCGCAAGGAGGCCUGGAGCAAGGGAAGCACUUGAGGAAGCCUCUGGGAAAACAGCCAGGAAAGAGAGUGAGGGAAAGCCUGGACUGCGGCAAAGGUCAAAAGCAGCCAGAAGAGCUGAGCAGCAAGGAAGUCUUGCAGAAGAACGGGCAGAACCCAUGCAGUGGGGGUGGGAAGGGCUUUAAGGACCGUCCCUACCUUGCUGCUCAUCAGCGCAUCCACACGGGAGACAAACCCUUCAAGUGCCACAAGUGUGACAAGAGCUUCAAGAGCAGUUCUCAGCUCGAUUACCACGAGCGCACCCACUCAGAAGACAGACCCUACAAGUGCCCCGAGUGCGAGAAGGGCUUCAGGAGCAGCUCCAACCUCCUGAUCCAUGAGCGCAUCCACACUGGAGAGAGGCCGUUCAAAUGCUCCGAAUGCCCGAAGGGCUUCAAAAGAAGAUCCCACCUUGUGAUCCAUCAGCGCGUUCACACAGGAGAGAGACCCUACAAGUGCACAGAGUGUGGCAAGGGCUACAAAACCAGUUCUCACCUCAUGACCCAUCGGCGCAUCCAUACGGGAGACAGACCCUACAGAUGUUCCGUUUGUGGAAAGGGCUACAAAAGCAGUUUCGAGUUUAAAUGCCACCAGCGUAUCCACACAGGAGAGAGGCCUUACAAGUGCUCCGAGUGUGCAAAAGACUACAAAACCAGUUACCAACUCAUGAUCCACCAGCGUAUCCACACCGGAGAAAGACCUUACAGAUGCCCCGAGUGUGCAAAGGGCUUCAAAAGCAAGUCUCAACUCAUGGUCCACCAACGCAUCCACGCAGGGGAAAAACGCUACAAGUGCCCUGAGUGUGCGAAAGCCUUCAGAAGCAGCUCCCAAGUCGUGAUUCACCAGCGCACCCACGGAGCACAGAAAGCCGACAAGCGCUGUGAGCGUGAGGAGAGUCCCAGGAGCAAUUCACAGCAUCACAGCAUCACAGAGCUGUAGGGGUUGGAAGGGACCUCCAGAGCUCAUCCAGUCCAACCCCCUGCCAAAGCCGUUCCUACAGCAGGUCUCACAGGCAGGCAUCCAGGCAGGUCUUGAACAUCUCAGAGCAGGAGACUCCCCCACCUCCCUGCAG